ACCACGCCAGCAUAACAACUGCAACCUUGCACCUACAGCGCCUCGACUAUCUCAGAAAUUUACUUCGUACAUCACCGUCAUCAUGUGCGGCUCCGACUGCUUUCUGAUGCUCUUGAGCGUCCUAUUCCCACCUGUAGGCGUCUGGGUCAAGAAAGGACUCUGUAGCGCCGACUCUCUUAUCAACCUCGCGCUCUGCUGUCUUGGUUUCCUGCCGGGUCUCCUGCACGCCUGGUACGUGAUCCUGCAAAACCCGGACCCGUACGACGCAUACCAUCAAGUACCCGACCGCGAGAACGGUACAACUAGCGACGGCCGAACAACAUACUAUGUUAUCACACAUGAGCAACCGGCUGGACGACAGGCGAACUAUGGCACUGUGGGUAGCCAGCCAAGCAACGGACAGUUCCCCGGACAGCAGAGUGGCGUGACAAACAGUUUUGCGCAGCCAAAGGGACACAAAGCCUCCAAGGGCACUUCGCCUGCGACUGCGCCUGCACCGCAAGGCGGCGAGGGUAGCUCGAGCCAGCCCGAAGGGCCGCCACCGACCUAUGCGGAUGUGAUCAAGGGCGACAACAAGGUUCAAGGCCCGUAGAUUAUGUUGUUGAAAAGAACAGUCUCAAGAGGAGGGGGCGACAAGGUGGUGUAGUUUGUAGCAGCUGGCGCAUGGGAAUGGCUGCGAUAGCAGCAUGGCGUUUAAGGGCUAUGGUUAUCGAUAUCUCGAGUGGGAAGGGAACAAACACUGUAUACUAGACAUUACCAAUGCUGAAUAAUAUCGGUGGACCAUACACCUGCGAGUAUCGACAUGCGACG